AUGCCACGGAACCCGCUCAAAUCAGCACUGUCGAUGAAAGCUGAAGGCAUUGCAAUGCAACACUCACAGAGGAGCGCACAGGCGAUGCCACAGAAGCGAGAGGGAUCGCCGCUCAAUUCUAAACGGCAAGGACUAGUACCAGCUGAGCCUACGACAGCAGCGAAGCCCCGCUCAUCGCAUCCUUUUAGCCAGCCACCUUCUAGAGAAGCUAAACGCUUGGCCAAGGCUGCAAGCGAAGAAGCAUACAGUUUCAUUCAAAAUCUUCCCUGCGACGGAGAAGAGAAGGAGUAUCUACUCAACCUCUUGCGCACCCGGGCAGUCCCUCCUUGGGGAAGCGCCGAUCACUACCCGGCUGUGCUGGGGAAGACGGGUCAGGGGAAGUCCCACACGAUCAUCUCUCUUACCGGCAUAGACCUUGGAAACGCUAUGGGCGGAACUGAUAGCGUGACGAAUACCGUAAUGGAAUUUCGUCCACUCUACAACGACCAGAAGCACCCGUAUCUGGUUCAGAUUUUCUUGUACAGCAAGCCGUACGUCAUGAAGAUGUUUGAGGACGGGUUUCGUGAAAACCGCCACUGGCAGUCGACUCAUCCGGAAAGCAUCGGUGAGGACGACUCCGGGGAUGAAGACGCCGAAGCAACAGAAGCUCCUACUCGGCUGAUCGCGAUGAUACUUGACCUGAAGAUUCUAGGACCAGACCAGGGAUACCGGGACCAUGAGGCAGCAGACCAAUACCUCGAAAGCAUCGACGAUAGCAAGUCCCUGCGUUCCUUCGGAAAGAGGCUCGACUGCCUGUAUAAAAACAUUCAGGGACGCGAUGGCAUCACCAGCAAAAUAGAACAGGGAUGCGCGACAGUUGAAGCCGUGAGGAAGUUCAUCGCUCCCUUUAUUAGGAAGGCAUCAGAACCAUUCGCAGAAGGAACCGAGGCAGAGUGCUGCCCAUAUCCACUCGUCGAAAAGGUUGCUGUCGCUUCAAAUUCACCUGUUCUGAACAAAGGAAAUAUAUUAAAGGAUGCACCUGGUGUCGGUGACACGAACAGAGCUCACGUAGAUCGGGCUCACACGGCACUAAAAAAUGCUGAUAAGAUUAUGGUCGUUUCCGAAAUGAAGAGAUGUCUCGCAAACAACGAGCUCUAUGCAACAAUCAAAAUGGCCCUCAAGCAGAGGGGGCCAGGAGGUGUCAUCUUAGUUCUCACGCAUUCUGCGGAAAUAGAUGAAAAAAUAAAAAAAAAGACACGUGGGCGGUUUACCCGGGAACAACGCCAAACCUACGCAUCGCUUCAGCAACAGAUCGCUCAAGUAGAUGCAGAGCUUCUAAUUCUGAAAGAGCAAGAAGAGAACGUGGACGAGAUCACUAUCAAGCGAGAGCUAGAAGAGCAGAUCCAGGGGAAGAAAAUCAGGCGAAAGGAGAUUGAAAACACUGACUUCGAACUUCACGUCCUUGCACGGAAUCAACAAACCGUAGCUGAUUUUCGAGGGAAGCUGUUAUCUAAGAAGAUCUGGAAGAAGCAUUACCCGAAGAUCAUCAUAGUCUGCAUAGACAACUACGAGUAUGGCAAGCAUGCUCCAGGCUACUCAUCAUGGACCCCUGAUGAGAGCUGCGAAGCACCACGUCUGUCUAAAGAGGCUUCUGGCAUUCCGGAGUUAAGGAGUAUAAUCGCAGGCUUCCCUGCCGAUGGACUAUGGGAGACUUUACGGCAUCAUAUUCACGAAACGUGGGAAUGUACCAUGAACUCUCUUGAGAUGUCGGGCACUGUCACUAUCGCGCAACGGAAAGCUGAGGUUGACGAGCAAUUCGCUGGAAGCUGUCAGAGCAUCGUGACAAUCAUCGAAGAGCAAUUCCACGAUCUGACAAGCGGACACAUGGAAGCUGUUAGAGACCAUAUCGUGCAAAAAGAGAGAUCUUGGGCUGAAGCAGGACUCGAGACUCAUGCAGGGUUCGCUAAGUCGAUGAAUUCUGCUACACACAAAGCACUCAUGAAGAAGCAUGGUCUGACAGUCACGGGGCAGCGUAAAGAAUUCGACCUCAACGAAGAGCUUUACGCGGAACCACGCAAGGUCAUCAUGGCCAGCUUAGAUGAUCUAAGCGAUGACAAGAUCCCCCGAUUCUUCACUGAGCUGAUCCAGGGUAUCCGGAGCACUGUCGAAGAACUGUUCACCGAAAUUGAGCAUGGUCCACAUUAUGACGCCGUAGGUCUUAGCGCAAAGGUACAGGCAGGAAUACGUGUGCGCCAACGGACGCUUGAAAAAGCUUGCACCUCAACACAGAAACAGGCGAUCAGAAUGAUAAGAGAUAAACGAGACCGUGCUCUCGGACCACACGGCACGAGUAGCUACUUCUACGCUGCCUUUAAGUCCGCCUACGAUACGGCAAAUACAGCUCAACCGAAAAAGAGGUCGCGGUCAUACACCCUCCAUGAUGCCAGAUGCAAAGCCUUCGAAAUGGCUCUCACUGUGCCGGACGGACCUUACUAUCAGCUCUACAUCAUGAUGUUCGAAGAGCUUGUUGGUAAUCUCAAUGACCUACAACAACAGCUGAUUAGCAACAUCAAGAACAUUUUCGCGGAAAUACAGCAUGAGAUCGACAUGGCGUGCUCCAGGAAGGACGAUCAUCGGCCUGAAGCGAAGACUUUCAGGCGUGAGGUUAUGCGACAGACGGGAAAACUGAGGAAGCUCUUCACUGACCAGAUUCGACCCUGUUUAAUUCAGGCGGUGAAGAUGGCUGAAAUUCAGCGACGGGAGGAGAGGAUCAACCAGCAGAUGCCUACGGUAUGA